AUGAUUUACUGUAUCGCGUCGAUUGUCUUUUUUUUUGCGCGAUUUUUUUCGUGUUAUUGGGUGGGCAUUCUGUUGUCGCUCAUUGGUUCUUUGGUCUGUUCGGCCAGUAACAGGCUUUGUUGUUGUCUUGUGGGUCCUUCUACCUUGCCCCCUUCUGCUUUGGCUACUUCAGCUUUAGCUUCUUCGGCCUUAGCUUCUUCUGCUUUGACUUCUUCCGCUUUGGUUCCUUCUGCCUUGGCACCUUCUGACUUGGCUUCUUCUGCUUUGGCUCCUUCUGCCUUGGCUACGCCUGCCUUGGCUCCUUCUGCAUUGACUCCUUCUUCUUUGGCUCCUGCUGCUGUGGCCCCUUUGGCUGUGGCUCCUGUUGCUGUGGCUCGUGUUGCUGUAACUUCUGUUGCUGUGGCUCCUGUUGCUGUAGCUCCUGCUACUCUGGCUCCUGUUGCUGUGGCUCCUGUUGCUGUGGCUCCUGUUGCUGUGGCUCCUACUACUCUGGCUCCUGCUGCUCUGGCUCCUGCUGUUGUGGCUCCUGCUGCUCUAGCUCCUGUUGCUGUGGCUACUGCUGAUGUGGCUCCAGCUGAUGCGGCUUCUCCUGCUGUCGGUUCGUCUGUUUCGGUGGUUGUGAAUGUCACUAACCGCACCACCACGUCUAUUGUACGUCGAGCUCGUGCGGAAAUCCGGGGCAAACGCCAAUUUAAAUGUGGUGAAGCUAGACCUCUGCGUAUUAAAUGCGCACGUCAAUAUCCUGGUUUGGUUCCCUCUGGGGUUAUUAUAGAUGAUCCCAUGAACAUCGAUAACGCCAUGGAUAUUUCUACCACUCCUGCUGCUGGAAGCCCUGUGUUGUUUUCUGUUGGCUUGGUGCCAUCUUCUGUCCUUGUCUGCUCUCCUUUGUGCGUUGCUCCCGUCCUUGUUGAACCUUCCUUUGUGGAACCUGAUGCUGUUGGUACGUUUGUUGGUGGACCAUUCGCAGUUGACCCUGUCCGCUCUCCCUCCUGUGUCGGUCCUGUGUAUGAUGAGCCAAUGGAGCUUGAUCCUGUUGUCGUUGGUCCUUUUGCUUGCGGACCGUCUGUUGUCGACUCUGUCUGCUCUCCUUGUCUUCGUCCUGUGGUUGGUGACCUGUCCGAGGUUGAGCCUGUUGCGGUUGGCCCUUCUUCUGGAGGACCGUCUUCUGUGAAGCCUGCUGUUGUUGCUGUUUCUGCGUCGCCUGGCUUGUCGUCUGCCUCUGCUCCUGUUCCUCUUUCUGUCUCUUUGAUGGAUAGAGUUGAGUCCACUUCGGUGGAGUAUGUAGAUCCGGACGAAGCGUUUUUCGCACAAUUAGCUUUAGAGCCGGAUGAAUAUUUGGACAAUUUGGACGAAUAA